UUCAUUUUCGUUGUUUAUUUACAUAAUGUACAAGUAGCCUUUUUAUAAUUAUUUUUUAGUAACUAACUAUGUUGAGUACUUCAGAAAUCAAUCCUUAUAAUGAUUCUGUACAGAAUCUUUCUGAAGGCCUGCUCGCUAUUUAUAAACCUGCUUUAACCAAUGUAAAAAGUCAACUAAAGGAACUUACCAGUAAACAAACUGUGUUGGUAACUCAAAUACACCAAGAAAAUUUAGAUUUAGCAGAAGUACAAUAUUCGCCAGAGAUACAGGACAUGUUUAAAAAAAUGAAUCUAUAUCAUGGUAAAUUAACCAAUAUCAAGAAAGAUAUGAAGCAAUUGCAUGAAAGAAGUGUUAAAUUAAAAAAGAGAGCUUUGAAGUUACAACAAAUUAAAGAGAAAGAAAAAUUAGUAAAAAUACAGAAUGAACUUGAAAUUAAACGGGAAACAGAGCUAAUAGGUCCUGGGCCUACAAAAUCUGAUAACUUGAAGGGGUCAUAAUGUUAUUGGUGUGUCUAGUUUUUAAAGAAAAUUUUGUGAUUAUAAAGAAUUUAAUAAAUUUGUUGUAUUGA